CUCCUGGGUCGAAGAAAUGGGGAUUAGCGCCUAUAAAAGCAAUUAAGUUAGAAAAGGUUGAAUCUAGACCAUCUACGAAAUAUAAACGUCUGGUUGGAAGAGAUGAAAAAAAGUUAGAAAAGGGCGAUACAGUUCGUUACUUACUUGCCAAUGGAGAAUGGGAAGGAGUAACGGAAAAUGAACCUGUAUUAUACUAUCUUGAAGGCAAUGAAUUUUCACCAAAGCGUGGAUUUGUGAAAGAGGAACUUUUCCAAGUAGAUUUAGAAAAGCUUCAAUACCCACCCCAAAGUAUAUUAUCGGAAAAGAAUCAUCCCCGAUUAGUUCAUUUUAUUCUGGUUUUAAAUAAUGAUCUAGAUCAAGCUUGUACCUAUGCUAAGAAACAUGGUGGAAGUUGUCUUGAAAAAACCGGUCGAAUUAAUGAUGAGGAA